CUUUGUUUCAGCUGUUUCAUUUGACGUCGGGUGACUUUUAUUUUGACAUGUUUUGACGUGUCGUUGUUUCCGGCUGCUCCGUCAUUCACACUUUCAAACAUGGAGUCUAUUUUCCACGAAAAACAAGAGGGCUCUCUGUGUGCGCAGCACUGCCUGAACAACCUCCUGCAGGGCGAGUACUUCAGUCCGGUGGAGCUGUCGUCCAUCGCGCAGCAGCUGGAUGAGGAGGAGCGCAUGCGCAUGGCUGAAGGAGGCGUUCAGACGGAGGAGUACAGGACCUUUCUGCAGCAACCGUCGGGAAACAUGGACGACAGCGGCUUCUUCUCCAUUCAGGUGAUCAGUAACGCUCUGGGGGUUUGGGGUUUGGAGAUCGUUCUCUUCAACAGCAGAGAGUACCAGCAGUUACGGAUCGAUCCCAUACACGAGAAGGCCUUUAUAUGUAACUAUAAGGAGCACUGGUUUACGGUGCGUAAGCUGGGACAGCAGUGGUUUAAUUUGAACUCGCUGCUGACCGGACCGGAGCUCAUAUCAGACACGUACCUGGCUCUUUUCUUAGCGCAGCUACAGCAGGAAGGUUAUUCCAUAUUUGUGAUCCGGGGAAACCUGCCGGAUUGUGAAGCCGAUCAGAUUUUGCGGAUCAUGCGAGUGGAGCAACAGCAGCGGCCGAAGCUGAUCGGAGAGGACGAGGCCCAGAGGAUGUCAGUGCAGCACGCGUCAGAUCCGGGACACACCGCAGAUGAAGCGCUGCUGGAUGAGGAUGAGGAGGAGCUGAGGAAGGCUCUGGCUCUCAGCAGACAGGACAUGGAGGUGGAGGACGAGGAGGCCGACCUGCGCAGAGCCAUUCAGCUGAGCAUGCAGGGUGGCAGCGAUCCCAGAAGCCCCAGCGCCCCUGUGACGGCGGGUUCGUCUCAGGAAUCGGGAAGCAGCGAGAAGGAGACGCUGACCGCGGAGGAGCUGCGCAGGAGGAGACAGGCCUACUUCGACAGACAACAGGCUCCGUCUGCCGCUCAAGACAGGAGCUCCGCCGGUAAGAGCGGAGGGAAGGACAGCGGGACCAAACCCAACCAGUGACGAUCCAGCGGCGCCGGUGACAGACGCGCAUCUGCAGCGCCGCACGCCCUGAACGCCCUCCGAUCCGACCUCUCUUUGGGAACGACGGGAAUCGCAUCUCCUCACAGAACUGGCCCGGGACCGUUCGCGUCCUGCCGUGUAAUAAAGGGACAUUCGUUUAGCUUCGCUUGACCUCUUUGAGUUGAAUGAGGUGAAAGGGAAGCGUUUCCCCCGGUACAUUCCUCUUCCUCAGACCGCGCCGCCUUGGGUGCCGCUCAGAUGGACACGCGAGCGAGACAUUGGCGUGAGGAGGAAGCUGUUAGCGCUGGGAUCACUUGUGUAUUCUGGGACCAUUGGGGCUUUACUGGGGUUACUGGAUCUCUCUGCUCUUUUCCUCUGUGGACUGUAGUGAAGAACACCUGCCCAUCACAGGCGAUGAGCGGCGUGUGACGCGCCACAUCUGCCAUCCGCUCCCUGCUGAAGGUCGACCCUCACGCGCCCUAGCUAGACGGGGCAGAUGCCGAUGUGGAGUUCAGUCGUCGCACAGAAUCAGACCUUCACUUGUUCUAGUCGUUCUUCAGUCGUCCCUCGUUCGUUGGCGGGCGGCAGCUCUUUUGGAUCUAGGUUGUGAUUUCUCAUGAUUUUCACGUUCUUUUCUAUGAUUUCAUGCGUUUGGUGGCACAGCAGCGUUUCUGAACUCGUUUCACGUUCAGCAAUAGUUUUUAAGUGAUUCGUUAUUCUCGCACUUCUAUAUACACUUAUUGUUUUUCUUAAAUAAAACUAUUUGUUUUCCUCUG